AUGCAGACAUCAGACUCGCCAGUGAGGCACCGGCUCGAACUCCUUGAGCGGACUGUAUAUGCCUUGCAGGCCCAGCAGCGCGUCCUUGAAUAUCGCAUGCAGUACGUCGAGGACGAAAAUAAAGCUCUACGACAAGCUGCAUUCGCCAAGGGUGCAUCAGGCUUUGGCAAAACCUCUCUUCAGGCUUUUGUGCAACCACCAACUCCAAACACCUCGUCUAAUGACAAUGCUCAUGGAGUAACCGACACGAACACUAAGAACGCACCCAAUCAACUUAGUAACCAGUCAUUGCCAUUAUUGAGUUUACUGGACGAACCCAGCCUCCUGAGCACACCUAUCCUUACGCCAGCUACCAAGAUCAUCACCAAUGGAACAGCUGUGGCCGAAUUUCCUACUUUGACUCCAUCUAAUAGUGCACGCACACAGUCUCGUCUGACAGCAAGCAGUGAAGAAUUUGUUUCUGCUUCAACGCCGUCUAGAAAUCCACGCAUACAGUCCAGUCUGGUAGCGACCAGUCCAGAAUUCGUUUCUUCUUCACCUACUUCACAAAUCCUGUUAAAAUCUCCGGAGCUGACCAAUGCGAAAAAUGCUGUCACCGACGCCACACAGGUUGCGAUUAGUGAAAAGAAACAGGAUAUGGUACCGUGGGAUGGGACAAUUGCAUGGAAAUUUAUGCGUCUAUUCAAGGACAAAGACGAGGAAAAGCAGGCUAUGUUGUAUUCGAUGGACAACUGCGAGCUCAAACUGCAAGACGAAUGGAUUUUUCAAUACGGUUUACGCUACUUGCCGAAAGCCGACGACAAGGACAUAUACCGUACCAUUCGUAUUGAAAACCUCCCUGAAAAUACUACGCUGGACAGGGUACUUGCUGAGGUCUGUUACGGAGACGUAUUCUCGGCCGAUUUACUGAAUACAUUUCCGAUCACUGGUUACCACACAGCAAGAGUGGUGUUUGUACAUCAACAAUCAGCCAUGAAGUUCUGCAAAUACGCAAAGAAGAAAGGUCUGGUGAUACAAGGCGUCCGAGCUUGUGUGGCUCUUGAGAAAACCGCAACAUACCCGGUGGGCCAAUAUCUGGAAGAGUCAAUUUCAAGGUACGGCUGCACUCGCUGCUUAGCAAUUACCAAGGUUACCGAGCCAUUGGUUACAUUCAUUGAAGAAAUACUCGCCGAUACAUACCUUAAGGACUGCGUUGAGACUCAUUCCAAGGAGCACAUCGAUAUGUUGGAGGAUGUCGACAUGUUGGAGCAGGAAGCAGCUAAUAUCAAAAUCUCUCUGAGUUUUCACUCUGUCAAAGCAGCUCUAUUUGCGUACAGAGCGUUCCAGCAGAAUUCCUUGCUCGGCAACGACGUUCUCAAUUUCGCAAAAGAUCCAUGCAAUCGCCUUCCUAUAAAGAACAUGGCUGCGAUUGUUGUCAAGCUGGUACAUGCGGGUAGAGCUGGCUUGAAUAGGAAAUUCUCGCAGUUCCCUGUUUCUCCCAAGACAACUCUUCUUUUCCUCCUUACGAAAUGUGUCUACAACGUCUACUUCCAUCCUUUACGAGAUUACCCUGGUCCUCUGCUGGGUCGAGCAACUCGCCUCUACCACUUAUAUUAUGAUCUUACCGGAGUGCAGCAUUCAAAGCAGAAGGAAUUACACGAUAUAUAUGGCGAAGUAGUGCGUAUCGCGCCCAACGAGCUUUCAUACAACACGGCGCAGGCAUGGUUUGAUAUUUGUGGCCACCGUACUCGGGAUCGCCCAGGCAGCUUUGAGAAGGACGAGGGCUUCUUCGGCGGCACUGAGAAAUUCACUGACACACAUAUCAUAAUUGCCAAAGACCAGGAUCAUCGCCGGCUCAGGAGGUUGCAAUCACAUGCCUUCUCAGAAAAGGCAUUGACAGCGCAACAGGACGUUAUCAAAGUCCACAUUGACACGUUCAUCGACCAGCUGCAGAAACGAGCAUUACCAGCAAGCAGUAAGCAAAAGGGCGGGAAUUUGGACCACGGCGGUGUCAUUGACAUGGUGCAAUGGCUCAAUUUCUUGACCUUUGAUACUAUUGGUGAUCUUGCAUUUGGGAGCCCAUUUGGAUCGCUUGUGGAGGGGGUGCCUAGCCGGUAUAUUGAUGUUAUAUUCGGGCUUGUCAAGUUUGGAAACUGGUAUCGAGCUGCUAGGCGUUUUCCUUCGCCCUUAAGGGAGUUGAUGGUGAUUGCCAUGAUUCCGAAGAAUCUGAUGCAAGACCAGCAGUUUCAACAUAAGAUCAGUGGAGAAAAGGUUGAUGAGCGGAUGAAGAGAGCCACGGAAAGGCCUGACUUCAUGUCCUAUUUCCUUCGUGCAAAUGAGGAGAACGGCAUGACAGUACGAGAGAUCAAAGCCGGGGCAUCGAUAUUCCUCAUUGCCGGCAGCGAAACAACAGCCACCUUGCUAGCAGGCGCAUUCUAUCUUCUGCUCACUAAUCCUAAGUAUCUUGAUCAACUUACUGAUGAAGUGCGUACCACUUUCAAAUAUGAAUCCGACAUAACUAUGCAAUCAACAGCUGGUAUGCCAUUCCUGCAAGCCGUACUACAGGAGUCCCUCAGACUAUACCCUCCGGCUCCCAACACCUUCCCCAGAGAGACACCGGCGCCCGGAGAGAUUGUAUGCGGUAGAUUCGUUCCGGCAAAAACUGCAGUCGGAGUACAUCAGUGGUCUGCCAAUCGAUCGAGUCGCAAUUUCUAUUUGCCUGACGACUUCAUACCUGAGCGGUGGAUGGGCAUAGAUGAACGAUUUGAGCACGACAAGCGAGAUGCUACCCAGCCUUUCUCAUAUGGUCCGCGAAACUGCAUUGGACAGAACAAAUGCGGAAAUGCGUUUGACAAUGUGCCGUAUCUUAUGGAAUUUUGA